CGGAUGGUUUCAACACAGCGCCCCUCACAGUCAUCUAGUGUUUAUAUAAAUAAUUGGCGUUAACUUAACAAUUGCCCCAAUGGUACAAAUAAAGUUUGUUUUAUGGAUUCAUUAUAAUGAAUCUCAAAGUCUACAAUCCAUAACAAAUUCGCCUCUAAAAGUUUCCCGACAUUGUUUGAGUGAGAGUAUUGUUCUGAGACGAGAGUCCACGUCCUGUACAAGUCAUCGUAUGACAUAGGAGGAAGUGAAGGCAGCAGUUGCAAGAUAUAGUCAUUUAGCCAGCUAAUCUCAGAUACGUUUUUUUUUAUCAGAGAAGAUAUGUCAGCAAGCAUGCAAAUUAAGAUUGGAAUCAUUGGAGGCUCUGGCCUUGAUGACCCAGACAUAUUGGAGGGAAGGACUGAGAAAUAUGUAGACACACCUUAUGGAAAGCCUUCAGAUGCCCUUAUAAUGGGGAAGAUCAAAAAUGUUGAAUGUGUGCUCCUUGCAAGGCAUGGGAGACAGCACACCAUCAUGCCAACUGACGUCAACUACCAGGCUAACAUCUGGGCGUUGCGAGAGGAGGGCUGCACACAUCUCCUGGUCACCACGGCCUGUGGUUCCCUCCGGGAAGAGAUCCAACCAGGAGACAUCGUCAUCAUCGACCAGUUUAUAGACAGGACGACAAAGAGGGCCCAGACGCUGUACGACGGGCGGCCCACCAGUCCUCCAGGCGUGUCUCACAUCCCCAUGGCUGAGCCCUUCUGCACCCGGACCAGGGAGGUGCUGCUGGAGGUGGCGCGCGGCCUGGGGGUGAAGUGCCACCCGCAGGGUACGGUGCUCACCAUCGAGGGCCCUCGCUUCUCGUCGCGUGCCGAGAGCCUGAUGUUCCGCCAGUGGGGUGCCGACGUUAUUAACAUGACCAGCGUGCCCGAGGUGGUCCUCGCCAAGGAGGCGGGCCUUUGCUAUGCUAGCAUCGCCAUGGCCACCGACUACGACUGCUGGAAGGAGCAUGAGGAGGCUGUCUGCGUCGACAACGUCCUGAAGACUAUGAAGGAGAAUGCCAACAAGGCCAGCAGUAUCCUGCUCACUGCUAUUCCCCUGAUCUGCACCCAGGAGGACUGGACCCACACCAUAAAGGCUCUGAAGACAACAGCCCAAUCCUCAAUAAUGCUACCAAAACAACAUUGAGAACCACCGAAAAGCCUCUCGCCACCCCUGUAUAUCAGAGAAUGACUUGCAACACACCAGCCACCAAUACCAACAAUGGAUUCAUCUCUCUCUCGAUUCCUCAUCAGUGAAUCACAAGAAAGUGCCUGAUAUGCAUGUUUUCAUUAUUGUACAUUUGCCAGGAUUUCACAACACAUUUGAGUAACAUUACAUCGUUUGCCAGAAGCAUACCAUUCUGCAUCCCACUGCUGGCUUGCCUCUGAAGCUAAGCAGGGUUGUUCCUGGAUGGGAGACCAGAUGCUGCUGGAAGUGGUGUUGCAGGGUGAAUAGGAGGCAUUCUUUCUUCUGGUCCAAAAAAAAGGUCCCAAUGCCUCAGGGCAGUGAUUGGGGAAAUUUCCCUGUGUAGGGUGCCGUCUUUCAGAUAGGUAUAUAUAGAUAGGUGUCCUGAGAGCCACUGUUUCACUGUUUGUAUACUGUUCAGCCAUGUUUUCAUACUGUAGAUACAUUCUAAAAUGUAACUAUGCAUUAAAGUAUGUCUUAUGUCUUCUGAAAGAAAGGUUAAAGGACUUAGUUGGUUGUUUUCAUGGACUGUUUGUAACCGGUAUGGUCUGUACAUGUAGGUCUAUGACCAACAAGACUUUUGCACCGAGUAUAAUUGGAACAGGACAUUCAAUCAAAAGCAACUGCCACUUCCGUUGAUCAAGCCUGUUUAUCCGGCUUUGGGGUGAAGUUUAGUUUAGGUACAUAUCUAGGAUCAGCUUCCCCAAUCCUAACCAUUUAGUGGGAGAAAUGCUAAACUGGCUGAACUGGCUGAAGACCAACUUCACCAUACUGUUUUUCCACUUUGUUGCCCUGAAACAAGGUCAAACCACAUUGUUGAUAGAUUCGUGGCUCUUUUCUCCUAAUUAUUAGGUGAGGGAAUAGUGGAUUCAUGGCUCAUAUACUUUCCAUAAAAUAAAAGGCCUUGUUUCAUUAAGAAAGACUUCCACUGAGGGCAUUAUCCAUCUGUGACGGGAUCAUCCAAAACUAUCUUCAAAACACUUCAUGUUAACCUAGCACUUAUUUUUACAUGGAUUCACAGCUGCAGUAUUAUAAUGUGCUAAUAGGGUUCACUUCAGGAAGUAGGCUUAACAGUCAACAUGAUGGUGGAUAUUCAGUUAUGAUUGUGUUCGACUGCAUGUACAAAUGUGUCAAAUGUGUUUGCAAGUGUAACAAAAUCAAUAAAGUUAUGUAGAUUGGAAA